AUGGUGUCAAAGUCCCACACUGCAUCCCCUAUGACUAUGCGUCGUUAUCUUAGCAAGAUGAGCGAGUUUAAGGUGUUGCGCCUACUGACUGAGCAGUUGCAACGUCAGAAACACGUCACGUCCGACGACGUGCGGCUAGCGGUACGUGCCGUAGCCAGUAGAGGGGGCACAGUGUCACUUCCACCCGAAUUUCCACCAUCGCACUGGGUGCUGGACUUCAAACGUAAGCACGGUUUCUUACAGCUAAAUACCUUUGCAUCCACUGCAACAUUUGUUUCUCAAAGCACUGGAUCUGACAUUAUGGUGAAGACCGUGUUAACAUUAUCUGAGCGUCAGGACGCGUCCCAAGUCCCAGCAGUCAAGAGAAAUAAAACAAGUCCAAUUAUCUGCUGUAAUGAUGGUUAUGGUAGAUACGCUGACAGAUCAAGUGGCUGUGUGACACAACUGAAAAAAAAUCUAAUCGGGAACGUGUUCAACGGGGAGAAGGAUUCGGAUUUCCAUAUGGACAGUGCCAAAUCCAAAUCCUCCAACUCUACUCGCACGGUUUUAUAUACCAUGAAGUCUUCGAAUCUUUUUGCACCAAGCGACGGUAAGAUGAAGCAGCAGGUGCAGUUGCGACAGAACUUUAGUCGUCAUCGUCGUCAACACAAUCUACACCAGCAGCUGCGCCGUGCCAUUCUCGUGGAGGACCGUCGACGAGCAACAGCAUGGUCAAAACCAAAGAGUGAUAUCAAAACGCAUCACGAGGCGGUGCAAUCAUAUGGCAGUCGCGGCGGGAAACUCGGAGGAGCGAUGAAAACUAAGAAUGAUCUGACCAGUCACAAUGAUGGCAGGUCCAGCGUUGCACCAAGUGUCAACUUGAUAACUCAUCAUAUUGAACACAUCGACAGUACUAUCGAUGUGGAUGGAAUGCAAGAUAUGGUGUCCAAUGCAUCAUCUUCAAGUGAUAGUCGCAAUUACAAAUUGAGCCACACAGUCCCUGCUGAGACGUGGGAGCAAGCAAUUGCGGCGGUGGAGCAACAGGGCAUGAGUCUGCGGGCUGCCGCCAAGUUAUUUGGUGUACAUUUUGCAGCGCUGCAUCGACGUGUGAAAAAGCGGACGCAGACUUGCCACGACAAUGGCACAAAUCGGUAUUUUCAUCCAAGUGAUGAAGCAGGAAUAAUGCGUGUAGUGGUUGCUCGAGCGGAGUUGGGGGUCUUAAUGACGUUUGCCGAGUUAAUGCGGCUCGUAGAGGCCCUUGCACUGCGCAAACUUCCGAAUAUCUCGAUCAAUUCAGCAUGGGAGCUGUUGACUCGCUUUCAAACUCGCAACGAGCAGUCGAUUCGACAUAUCAUCGAUGACUGGCCUCUGUCUUGGCCAGCAGGAAGACCCUCGUCGUCUUCUUCUGCUAGUAUGCAUCAUUUUUAUCAGCAAUACAUGGAGCACCCGAAUAUUGUUCUUCAGCCAUCAAAAGUUAAUCAUUCGAGUCGUGUGGCGUUGGCUGCUGCAGCCAUGACGCGUUUGAUCGUCCCAACCACUUGCCUGCCAUCAACUGAUGAUAGUCAAGAGGAGAUGAUGUAG